AUGAUUCCCGUUCCCAAGGCCGACAGUUUGAAGGACCUCUUCAGCCUCAAGGGCAAGGUCGUUGUCGUCACGGGUGCUUCCGGCCCCCGUGGAAUGGGUAUUGAGGCUGCCCGCGGCUGCGCUGAAAUGGGUGCCGAUCUCGCUAUCACCUACGCCUCUCGCCCCGAGGGCGGCGAGAAGAACGCCAAGGAACUCAGUGAAAAGUAUGGCGUCAAGGUCAAGGCCUACAAGUGUGACGUGGGAAACUGGGAGAGUGUUUCAGGCUUCGUCAGCGAUGUCAUUAAGGAAUUCGGCAAGAUUGACGCUUUCGUCGCCAAUGCCGGUCGCACGGCCAACAGCGGUAUUCUCGAUGGUUCUGUGCAGGAUUGGGAAGAGGUUAUCCAGACCGACUUGACUGGAACUUUCCACUGCGCUAAGGCCGUCGGAGCCCACUUCAAGGAGCGCGGCACCGGUAGCUUCGUCAUUACCUCCUCCAUGUCCGGCCACAUCGCCAACUUCCCCCAAGAACAGACCUCUUACAACGUGGCCAAGGCUGGCUGUAUCCACAUGGCACGAUCGCUCGCCAACGAGUGGCGCGACUUUGCGCGCGUCAACAGCAUUUCUCCCGGCUACAUCGACACUGGUUUGUCGGACUUUGUUGACCAGAAAACCCAAGACCUUUGGAACUCCAUGAUCCCUAUGGCCAGGAAUGGACAAGCGAAGGAACUUAAAGGUGCUUAUGUCUACUUGUGCAGUGACGCGAGCUCUUACAUGACCGGAGCCGAUCUCCUCAUUGACGGAGGUUACUGUGUGCGGUAA